AUGGCUGACGUCGUUCCGGAAGCCGAGGAAUUCGGUCAUGAUGUCCCAAUGGAUCCCGUGAUGGAACGAGAAAGUAGCGAGCAUUCCGAGGAAUUAGAGCUCAGUGAGGCUCAUGACUCGGAAGAUCAUCCUGACGACGCUGGUGGGGAGCCUUCUGAACGCUUCAGUCGAAAUGAAGAGGCUGGUCCUGCGGAACCCAAGCACACCACUGAAUCCCCGAUUGAACAAACGUUACCUCCAAAGCCGAGUUUUGAUUGGGACGCUUACCUACGAGAGCAAAAAGCUGAAGCAGCGCCUCGUGAAUGUUUUUUUCAACCAGAGACUCCACCAGAGAAUAAGUUUCAAAUUGGAAAGAAAUUGAUGAUUGCUGAUCCGAGAGGUAUGAUCUAACU